AUGAUAUACAUCCCUCUAAAAUGACCAAUGUCAAAUAAGCGCGUUAGACUUUCUGAUUCGACCGCGGCAGCCAAGUUUGCCAGUUCCGCCUGCAAGCGGUGCCGGUCCCGUAAAGUCAAAUGUGACGCAGAAUUUCCCUCCUGUCUUGGAUGUGUGAAGGCCGGACUGCCAUGCUAUGUUGCAGAUUACUCUGUAUCUCAGGACUACACACGCAAGGAUGUACAAUUACUAGAACAGAAAUUGGCCGAUUUGGAGAGUCUCAUUGCAACGGGUCAUCCAUCUCCUAAUUCAGGACUGAGAAACAAUACUCAACAGGAUCUAAGUUCUGAUGAUCAAGAUGAAGCAAGACGACCAGUCGAUCCAACUGAACAAGUGCCCGCAACAACGAGCACGGGUAGUCGAUUCUCAAGGAUCCGGCUAACAGUUCCUCGGAUCCAAGAACCAUCAAUUGACAACCAUGCACCGCAUUCAAUUCCUCCCUACGAAAUUGCUAUCCAAGCAGUAACAUACUACUUCCAGGACUUUCAUAUAUGCCAUCCUUUCCUUGAUGAAGAAUACAUACGAUCGACCGUUAACAUGAUCUACAACGAAGUGGAGGCAUAUAAAAAGUCUUCGACAUUGUUAACACGAUCGCAAAAGCACGCUCUUUUUCAGUUCAAUAUGGUUGUGGCUAUUGGGAGUAUUCAACCAUAUCGAAGUGGAACAACAUCCCUGCAUCCUUUUGGCUUCUUUACAGCAGCCUUGGAAGCACAUCCUCCGUCCAAGUUCAGUUUCAAUUCAAUUGAAGAAGUACAGGACCUCUUGCUCAUCGCUAAUUUUGGCGCAUAUUAUAAUAUCGGUUGUUCCAUCUGGGAACUCAGUCGCCUUUGUGUUCGAAUGUGUAUCGAGCUACAUUUGCAUCAGCAACAGCCCACUGCCGUCACAGGGCAGGGAUCAAUUGACCAAUUGGGCCAACGAAUUUUCUGGGAGACCUAUCUACUCGAUCGUUUCUCGUCCUCUAUCCUUGGACGUCCCUUUGCUAUCGAUGACUCGGCGAUCGAAACACCAAUUCCCGCGGACGAGCAGUGUGAUAUGGCAGGGCGAUCUGGUCCGCGACUAAGAGUGUUCAUUCACCUUAUCCGUCUUGGCCAGAUAACGUCUCGGAUGCAUCAUCCGAUCUACUACCGAUCGCGAAAAGCCCGAGAGUCGGAAAGUGUCCUCGAGAUUUUUACAUCAUCAUCGUCCAGAGCAGCCGAUCCGCGGGACCUGUUGUCUCGACUUCGUACUUUUAGUGCCCAAUUAAAGCAAUGGAGAGAAUCCGCACCGACUGUGACCCUGCCGAGCUAUAUCUAUGAAUCAGCCGAGUUCUUCGAAAUUUCAUUUCAAGAGGCUAGACUCUGGCUGCUAAGAGCAGUUGUUGACGAGCUUCCUGCUCAAGUAUCUAGCAUACGGGAACAAUUGCUUACUAUGUCGCUCCAAUCAGCACGGCAGAUUAUCGAGUGUUUCGGCAAUCUAUGGGAGAAUGGUAUUCUUACAUACAACCGAACCUACAGCCGUCUGAUUCUCAUCUCGGGACUAGUUCUGGUCUCGGUGCUGAAAUUCCAAGCAACUAAUCGCCAAACCCACGUGGCAGAUAAUGCAUCUGAGGUGGACGUCCUGUAUUGGCUUACAGACAUAGAUCCUGGCUCAGAGCACACCUUUCCAUCUUUGACCGAGUUUUCUCAAACACUGGAGACGGCAGAAAGACUGCUCGUAUGGCUUGCCACGAACAUACCCGACAUAUCAGUCUACGCGCGAUUCUUUAGAGCCGUCAGAGCUGAAGUCAUGAAACUUGACAUCUUUGGGGUCGACAACAAUAGGGUGCCAGAGUCUCGCCAGAGCACCACCCACGGAACAUCGUCGCGCCAGACUCAGGAUAGUACGUGGAAUUCCGCUACACAUCGUUAUAACAAUGCACAAAACAGCAGUCUAGAUGGUGCCUGCACUCAAACAGAUGGAUCCGAGCCUCUUCGGUAUGACGACGGACCAGGUCAAGAACUCCCAAAUCCCUUCGGUGAAAAUAUCUUCUCGCAAGUACAGCACAAUGGAGAUGGCAUACCUCUUGAAGGUUUCAGCAAUAUAAAUGACUGGUCCUUCCUACAAACACUAUGGAUGGACGAGAUAGAGGGUGGCAUAUCGGGGUCGAUAUGGGAUACAAUAAUUCCAUGGGAGACAUCACCUGGAGCAUCCCUCUAUAGUCAACUGUAG